GUCAAACCAACACCGUCAGGGUUACGUGUCAUGUUGUUUUUCCUCCUCACGUGUCGUCACGUUCUCCGAGUCUCUCCGAACGUGACGACACAGCGAAGGCGCUCGUUCCAAAAUUCAUAACACAUCAAAUCACCAGUCAGAGUGCACGAAAAACACCGAGCCGGCCGUGUUUUAGAGACAAAGAGAGAGAAAAAUACAUGUCAAUAACAGCAAAAACUACUUAACUGUCGUUACCAUGUCGUGUUCAGUGAAGAGCCGAUCUCCAGUCCCAGAUGUAACCAAGUGUUUGGGGAUGAGCGGUCCAAUCACUGAGGCUUUGCCUGACGAGGAUGAGUUAAUCCACUCAAGAAAACUGGUGGAAAGUCUGAGGUCCUAUGGCGUGUUCGAGGACGAUGUGGAGCUUCAUCACAGAGAACAAGUCAUCAAAAGGCUGGAGUCUCUCUAUAGGGAGUGGCUCCAAGAAAUCUGUGAAAGGAUGAACGUACCAGAAACAGUAAUGGCCCACGUUGGAGGCAAGAUCUUCCCGUUUGGCUCAUAUCACCUGGGAGCCCACUCAAAAGGUGCUGAUAUUGAUGUCCUUUGUGUUGGACCUGGAUUCCUGGAGAGGGACGACUUCUUCACCUCCUUCUUUGAGAAGCUGAAGGCUCAGGAGGAGGUCAGAGACAUACGAGCCAUCAAAGAUGCUUUCGUCCCAGUGAUCAAACUGACCUUUGAUGGGACUGAGAUGGACUUGGUCUUUGCACGGGUGCCACAGAGGAGCGUUCCUGACAGUAUAAAUCUUCUCGACGACAACUUGGUGAAGACUGCAGACAAACGCUGCGUCAGGAGUCUCAAUGGCUACAGAGUUACAGAGGAGAUUCUCUGCCACGUGCCAAACGUUCACACCUUCAGGCUGGCUUUGAGAGCCAUCAAACUGUGGGCCAAACGUCGUAACAUUUACUCCAACAUGCUGGGAUUCUUGGGCGGCGUGUCCUGGGCCAUACUGGUCGCCAGAAUUUGCCAGGCGUACCCGAAUGCUACAGCGUCCACCCUGGUGAUGAAAUUCUUCAAGAUCUACUCCAUGUGGAAAUGGCCGAUGCCAGUUUGUUUGAGGCUGAUAGAGGACUGCUCAGACUGCGGCCUUCCCUUCUGGGAUCCCAGGGUUCAUGCAAAUCACCGCCUCCACAUCAUGCCCAUCAUCACACCAGCAUUCCCACAGCAGAACACCAGUUUCAACGUGUCUCCCUCCACCUUUGCCAUCAUAAAGGAGGAGAUCGCGCGAGGUUUUGCCAUCACUGAGGACAUUCGUCAGAAAAAAGCAGACUGGUCCACAUUGUUUGAAACACCAGACUUUCUUGGGAAGUACAAGCAUUACAUUCUGCUGCAAGCGUCUUCACCUGCAGAGAAGCAGCACCUUGAGUGGGUUGGCCUCGUGGAAUCUAAAAUCAGACUCCUGGUGGGGAGUUUGGAAAGAAAUGUGAACAUUUCUCUGGUCCAUGUGAAUCAGCAGUCCUUCACUGGACCCACGCAGGGCAAUGACGAAGGGGGAAUGAGCACAACGUGGCUCAUUGGUCUAAUCUUCAAUUUGCAGUGGUCUAGAAACAAGAAUAUUGACCUGACCUUUGACCUCCAGUCCUUCAGUGACACAAGAAGUGCUGUCUGUGACAAAUGUCUCAUCUGUCCAGGCGUCCACUCCCAGCAGACAAGGGACAUCGUCCUGGCUUCCCCAGACAGAAACAGAAACUCAGAGUCCACCUCCCAGUGUGGACUCACAAAGCACAAAGAGACCCAGCAGUACUGAGCCUGGGCCACCAAACAAAACAUUCAAACUUGACCCGAGUGCGUCCACUGUGGAGCUCUCUGAUUCGCCUCCCAGGCCCACCAAGCCUGUCACAGGCAUGAAACGAGCCAUCAAAAUUCAGCUUCUCAGG